GGGGGCGGGUUGUUUCCGGGCCGAGGUGAAGCCGCUGGAGUCGCCCAGCAGCUGGGAGCUGAGCCCGAUCCUCCUGCAGCCAGAGGCACUGCCGCCGCUGUACCGCCCCAACAGCUCCAGCUGGUUUGUGAACUCAGGAAAUGACAAGGUCCUGGGAGCAGCUGAUCCAUCUGCCCUGUCACCUUGGGAUGUGACUGGUUUGACAAACGCUGAGGCAGAGCACUGUUACGGAGACGUGUAGCUGGGGAUGGAAAACCGUGUGGCUGAAGAAGGGGAGCAACAUCCGCCAGUGGGCUCAGAGAAUGACAUCUCUGGUUCGAACACACCAAUUGCUCGGAGAAGAGGAAAGUUUCCAGGAUUUGGGAAAAUAUUCAAACCAUGGAAAUGGCGGAAAAAGAAAACCAGUGAAAAGUUCAAGGAGACCUCUGCAGUUUUGGACAGGAAGUUAUCUGUGAGACAAAGCAGAGCUGAACUGGUUAAGAAGGGAGUGUUGAAAGAGAUUCCUGAACAAGAUGGAGAAGUUAACAGCAAACCUGCCCAGAACAAUACACUAAAGAAUGGGCACACGGUUCCUGUGGGUGAGUUAUCUACCUCAACAGAGGCUCAACCAGCCCCCAGAGGUGAAAAAAAGUCAAGCUUUUCAAAACCACCGCAAGAAAGUGAGGAGAGAAUGAAGAGUUCCACGGAGGAACAGCAAAGAACUAAAGUAGAGGCUGCAGACAGACGUCCAUUGUCAGAAAUGGAGCCCAUGCGUGAUCAGAAACAGGCUUUACUUCCUCCGAAACGACCGCUGUCAGCUCCUGCUCUGGAGGCAGGCGAGGGGCAAGUAAAAGAUUCUGGAGCCAACAUGACUGCUGCCAAGGACGUCUCUUCCAUUAUUUCCUGUUUCUCCACUUCUUGUUCCACCAAUACCACUGACUCUUUUGCCACAACUACAAAUACUACCAGCACAACCACCACUACCACGGCUCCUGCCAAACAACCUCCAAUUCCACCUCCAAAACCCAACCGGAAUAGCAAUCCCCUGUUUGCGGAACUUAGUCAUAUCAUGACCCCUGGCUUGGUUGUGCCAGGUAAGCAUUCACCACCAGGAUCCCACAGGAGGAUAAGCUUCAAUCCACCUGUGACUGAGCCAAACAACACUACCCAGAAUGUGAGUGAGAACAAGGAGAGACUGCAGCUGCCAAUGCAAGUAUCGACAUCAACACAUGCACCUACAUCAUCGCCAGCAUUGCCUUCGCGCCCACCUUCUGCUCCAGAACCUGCUCCUCGUCAGUCCCUCCCACCAAGAGUUCCAAUCAAAGCUAGUCCUCCUGUAUUGACAUUCUGUCAUGGCAGCGUACAACACGAUAAAGAACCUGAUCAGCAGCCUCACCCUUCAUCUGAUGAUUGUCCCGAGCUCCUUCCGACUCGCCAAUCUCAAGUUCCUUUGCACAUAAUGAUCCAGCAAGCAUUGUGUAGCCCUCGACCAGUUGUCACUGCAGCUGAUGGUUCACAUACAGCAAAGUCCUUGCUUUUUGAGACUGCCUUUGAUGAUGCUAAUAAGAACCGGGCUUUGCAAGUCACCUUAGAGAAAUUAAAAUGCCCCUCAGAUGAGGAAACCACAGAGGACGAAGAGGAGGAAGAGGAGCACAGGCCCAUGAAACAAGAUUAUCCACCACUAGUCUCAUCAGUUGUCAUCAUUCCAGAGCUUGUGAGACAGGAAGAUGAUGUGAGUGACUCUGAUGACGAUGGUCCAGUUCUGUACAAGGAUGACUACGAUGAGGACGAGGAAGAUCAAUCCAGUUCAUUGGCCAAUAAAGUAAAACGAAAAGACACUUUGGCCCUUAAGCUGAGCAACAGACCUACAAAGCAAGAACUUAUAGAAAAGAACAUCCUACCUCGUCAGUCUGAUCAAGAAAGACUAGAAAUUCGACAGCAGAUUGGAACAGCACUCAUCAGGCGUCUGAGUCAAAGGCCAACUGCGGAAGAACUGGAGCAAAGGAAUAUCCUUAAAAAUAAAGAUGAGGAACAGCAUGAGGCAGAAAAAAGAGAGAUCAAGAGACGGCUUACCAGAAAGCUCAGUCAAAGACCCACAGUGGCAGAGCUCCAAGCUAGAAAAAUCUUGCGCUUCCACGAAUAUGUUGAAGUAACCGAUGCCCAUGACUAUGAUCGGCGUGCAGAUAAACCAUGGACUAAAUUAACACCAGCAGAUAAGGCAGCAAUACGAAAAGAGCUAAAUGAAUUCAAAAGUACAGAGAUGGAGGUGCAUGAAGAAAGCAGAAUGUAUACAAGGUUUCAUCGACCAUAAAAACAUGUGCAGAUGCAAAUGGAAAUCUAGCUACACAGUAUGGAGAUGAAGGCUGUCUCCUGAAUACUGUACACGAAGCCGUGUUGUAUUGUCAGUUGUGUACAAUAUAUUCAAUACACAUUCGAUGAACCUGGUGCCAUGGGGAAAGAAAUCAAUACUUGAUAAUCGUAUCAUAUGUAAAUCAUGCUCUCAUCAAUUAACAAAUCCUUGAAAUGGAGGUUCCCCUUGAUCAUAUCUGUCUCUGCACCUCCAGAUUUAUACAAUACUGCGGCUGGUUGGAAAUCGCAGUGCCAAAAAGACUUAAGAGCUGCUGGAAUUGUGUGCUUGGGAGUGGUUGUAUUUUUCUGUAAGCUUUUACUGGAACUGAGAAGCAUGUGUCUGUGUAUACAGACCAAGUUUGGACUCCUCCUCACCCUUUGUAUCUUCCUUUUUUAUAAUGCACGCACUACAAUGGCUUUGCUUGGUUUGGAGGUUACUCCUGGUCAAUGUGACUUUUUUUUUGGUCUGAGAGUAUUUGCCCCAGCUUUCCUUUUGUGUUUACCUUUGUGUCCACUGUCAGUUCCAUAGCCUUUAGCUGCUAGUUUCUCCAGUGGCAAAAUGUGAUUCCUGGAACAACUUCAACAGAGGAAAACCUUUACAUGACUAGGUGUCUUUUUUAAUGUGAGCAAUGCCAUAUAAAAGUCUAUCUCUUUGAAUGAAAAAGUGCGGUUUUCACUGUAGCAGGGCUCUGUUGAAAGGAAAGCAAUGUUGUACCUGGGGCCUUAACUUUCCAUCCAAAAGACGCACAGUUCUUUGGGAGGAAGAAAGUAUCCCUUUGUACAGAGUCAGGCAUUGGUUUGUACUGGACUACAAAUUGGUGCCUGCAUGGCAAAUGCACCACCCUCAACUACUGUAUAAAACAUUGAUUUAGAUUAAGUCAGUAUGUGUAAAUUUGUCUUCCUGUUUAAAUAUUGAAUAAAAGUAUUAUGUGACACUUUUCUUAAAAAAAAAAUCAGAAUACACAACACUAAUUGAGAUAAUUUCCUUCUCAACCAAACUGUACAAAUAUGUAUUUGUUUUAAGUUCCAUCUCCCAGACUUUUUUAAAUAGCCUUGCAAUUCUUAACGAAUCUCUUCCUGUUCUUGUGGUCAAUGGCACACAAUAGGUUGAAGAGAUCAGAAUUUGUUAGAAUUUUUAUUCUAUUUUUUCCUCUGGUAUUUUCCCUCAUUAACAAGCAAUAGACUUUUGUAUUUUAUGUUCUUAAUCUAUUUGGACAGCUCAGUAAAUUCAUUGUGCUUCUUGGUUGAAUAUGCUGACUGGGUGGAAGGGUUUGUUUUUCUCAAGUAUGAGGCACUUUCUGUGUUUUUAUUUAUAAUAUUCAGACUCCAGUCGGCAUUAAUGCAAGGCUCUUGCAUGCAAACAGACCAGUGGAACUGCCUUAACUGAGUGCACUCUUAGUAAUCAUUUUACAGGCGAAUUCUUCAUAAUAUCCAAUCCUAAUAUAUGCUGUGGUAACUAUUUGUUCUUAGUUGGGUUUUAACAUAGGUAGGGCACAAAGUCAAAACAUUUGCCACAGCAUAAAAUUGAUGGGCAGGUUAGGCAUGUUGGCAUUGCUCAAUUCCUGAAGGCAGCAAACUUGUCAGACUGCAGUGUAAACCAAUCGAACCAUACCUAUUGUCAUGCAUUACAGUUCUUGUAUGUCUUCUGUUUUCUGUCCAGAACAGUCCAUUAAAGGUAAGGAGAAACUGGGGAGAAGAAGUAAAUUGUGGAAAGCAUAAACGUUUUGGCUCAUUUGAUGUUGUGAGCCUUGGCAUUUGUUUGUGCUGCAUGUCAUUAAUGCUUAAUAGGGUCAAUAAUACACAAAAGAAUCUGCUUCCUUGAGACGUUGAUUGGGCUCCCUAGCAGAUUCUUUCUUAAUACACCAGUUGAUGUUGUACUGAGGCAUACAGGUUGGGCAGAUCCCUGGUUUGGUCUUUAUUCUGUGUUCUUUUAACCAAUAUCGGUCGGGAUAACUUGGGUACUGUUAUCUUUGCCCCUGUGCUGAGGAGGAAAAUCAGGCAAGACUCCCACUCCUGAUCACUAUCUGCAAAAUUUUGCUGGGAAGUGCACAAGUAGGACAGGGUCAUACUUGGGUCAUUUAAGAGCCUGCCAAAGCUCUUGCUAGGUUUCCACUUGAAGAAUAGCCAAAUUGGGGGGUGGUAGUUUAAGAGGAUUUCAGGUAACCUCCUACAUGAGUCAAUGACUACAGGGAGAAAGGAGGGUGUAUGAAAAAUAUUAACAGGGCAAGGAAACAAGGGUGCUAUUACACACUGGAAUUUUCGGGCAUUCUAAACUGCUAAGAAUCUAAUUUAGUGUUUUGCUUUUGCUUAAACCACAUACAAUGUGGCAGGGAUUAAGAACCCUAUUCCCCCAUUUUUUAUUGCACAUGUAUGUAAUAUUUUAGAAAAGUAUAUGAAUACAUUUUUUGUAAAGUUUUGGGUAUUUUAAAAUAGUCUUCCUUCUACCUUUCCCCCCAUCCUGGUUCAGCUUGAGAGUUUACUUGUUGAAUCCACAUCAUAGUGGUGCUGUUUUUAAGUCUGAGGGGAUCAGCCUUUUAGAUGGUCCAAUGACUAUUAUUGUCCCCCAACAGUUGCUCAGUUAUAAAGUGCAUCUGAACCAAGAGGCAGAUUAAAAAGAGAUUGUUUAAAAAUGCAGCCUCCACUAGCAUUUAUUCUUUCUAAACAAAAGACAGAAAUUAAAUUUUUUGCAGUCUGUAUAGUUGUAUGUACAUUUUCAUGAGUUGUAAAUAAUUGAACAGUUACUGUUGCUCUUAUAAUAUUGGUGUAUUUUGUUCUCAUUCAGUGCUGCUUUCUUUUAUUAAAAAAAAUUCCUAUUUGGUUGUAAAUUGAUUGAGUUUCUUUUUAAAUUAUUGAUCUUGCACAAAAGUCUUCUGAUGCAGUCUAGUCACUUAGUGUCCUCCAAAGGACUUGCUGAGCAGAUCAUUUUCAGCAAGAUAAGUCAGGUGAAGUGUAAUCCGCAGCAGAAACCAACAGGUACUGUGAAUGGAAAACAUUUGGGUCUGUCCUGAUGUCAAAACUGGGUUGAAUCUAAUGUCCAUCUCUUCCAAAGUCGUCACGUGAAUUAUACCUUCAAAAUGAUUCUUUUGUCCAGAAAUUGUGGCAUCACAUCUUCAAAAAUGAAAGUUUUCAGUUAAAUAGUAUUUUUGCCAUGCAAACCAUCAUAUCAAUGGAUUGAAGGGAAGACACCAAGGAAGCACAGAUGUGUGAGUUUCUCAACUGACAAUCAGCCCCUGUAUGCUACACUUUUACAAUCAUUAAUCGUCGGAAGUUAAUUUAAGUUAGUUCCAUUCAUGUAGAGUCCCAUCAACUGCAGUGGGACCAGUGGGGUUAAUGCAGACAUAUUCAGGUAGAUUAAUACCAUUAUCCUGCCUGUGUUUUUCAGAGGUCUUAUUAUCUACUGAAGAUUUUUUCCAAUCCUCAAAUAAGCCACAAAUAUCACUUUGACUUAAUACAUUUCUCGAGAAUAAGAUAUUUUUGGGUGCCUUAGUCAUUUACAAAAUGUGUUAAUUGGAUUAAAGUUCAGUUACCAGCAUUCCUACUGACUCAGUCACAGCUUUUUUUUGUUGACAUGUGCUGACCUAGAUUAAACUGAGAUUUUGCUAUGUUUAACUUGGAUAGUGCAGUAGUAGCAAAGAGUUGUUGUUAAAACAGACCUGGGAUUGUAUGUUCAUUCUUUUAUAAAUGUAAACCUGAGAGAACCCAGCAAAAUGGGCAACUGACCACAUUUUGCAUUAGAUAAAAAUACCUUUUGAGAUGUAGCAUCUCUGCUUCCUAAAAUUGCAAGUUCCUAAUUCAAACAGAUCUGAUUGACUGACUGGCACAGAACUGAGGUUAUAUUCAUUAGUUGUGUAGGUUUGAUUUUUUUUCUUUGAAAUGUCCAGUGUAAUUCAAAAUGGGGAAAGUCUGUAAAGGGGAGUAAAAAUCUUUGCAAAUCAGCCAGACUGUUCAUGAACAGGAGACCAAGUGUCUUUAAUUUUAUUCAGCUUUCAUCCCCUUGCUUUUGUGCCACCACAUUGCUCUGACAUAUCUUUGCUGCAUUGUGAAUAAUUAGUAGGUGAUAUGUAUACAUGGAAUAUGGGUGUGACAUACUGUUGCUUAUCUUUAAAUUUAGAUUUAAACCCCAAACACCCCUUCCUCAACCAAAGGGACCAGUGAGGUGCUCUUUCAUGGUUUGCAUGAGAGUAACCAGACUUUGCCUUGAUAACGAGAGAAUCUUUUGAUCUCUGUUUAUUAAAUGGGUGCUAAUUUCUGUUAUUAUGUGAAGCCCAUAUUCAUUCUUAGCCAUAGAUAGAUGUCCAAGUCAGAGCACCCUCGUCAAUCCUAAGCCUAGGCACAGCAGAAUUCUCCAGGUUUUAUUAGUUUGUACUGAGGCAGCUGUCCUCAUCUUGUCUGUGCAAGGGAGAGAAAAGUUGAUGAACCAGGAUCCUAAAUAAUAUCCAGUGAGUCGUACUGGGUAAUGUGUGUGAAUGUGAUUGGCUGACCUGACACCCUCUAAUAUUGUCACCGCCUGAGACUCGCUGUCUUGGCCAGACUGGCUACUAAGCUGAGUUAUCGAGAAUAGUUUGGACCCAUGGAACCAACAUGCUUGAGAAUCAAUGCCAGCAGGAAAAGAAGGGAAAGCGUUUUUUUUAAAUCAGAUGUUGCAGGCAGACAUGCAUCAAUAACUGACAGGAAAAUAACUCCGGUUUUAAUUCUGAUGUGUUGCUUGCUUCCAGUCUGGAGACCAGGGGACUGUCCUGUGUCGGAAAGUGUUUACAUGCCAGUUAAUUGGCAUGUUAAUUGCAUUGUAUGUGGUGCAACCAAUGUGUUAGAUUCAACUUGUUGUUUUGUUGCCCAAAUUUUGUUUUUAAAUGGAGAAAGCGUCAUGUCUACUAUGUUUUUUUUGACUUAUUGCUUUUCUUGCUUAUGGGAGAGGUGCCUUAGCAUGCUCAUUCAUUUCCGUACAAGACAUGGCAUUUUUAAACCUUAAAUAAAAUUACUAUCACACCUUU